AUGGAUUACAAGCAGCCUCAAGCAGGCGGCUCGGUUCCGGCGCAGUCGGCACCCGGUAAACAACGAGUGCCAGAAAAGUUGCCGGCGCGCGCAGAGGCUGUUGUCAAGCAGGAAGCUUACCACGACGCGCAUCAGUACGCUGCAGCCAUACAGCCUGACGCCAAUCACAAUGUCACGGCGCCCGAGAUGACAGCUGCGCAGGACUACACACAUCUCAUGCCAGCUACGCACAACCGAGUACCGUCCGUGGGUGGAAACCUAACGGAUCCUUCUGACCACACAACGCCGAUGGAGAGUGGCAUGUCCUCAGGGCCAUCUGUGCAGAACACGCCCAACACGCAUCUGACAGAGAUCACACCAUCACCCCGGUCAGACGGCAUACCGGAUAUCAGGAACAGCUCCUCGCCAUACGCUGGUUCCAGCGCUCACCACGCUCCCACCACAAGAGGUACCAUGACCGGCCGCACAAUGGGAGGCAAGGGUUUCCCGAGGAAAGAUAACUGGCGGCGACACAUGAUCAACAAGCACUCAAUCAACCCGACGGAGGACCCUGAGCCUCAUUUCGUCGAUGAGACCAUGACCGGGACUUGA